AUGCGUUCAGUCAGUUGGAUUCCCACUAAUCCUGGUGGUGAUCUUUUGAGCAUCUGUCUCGCCAUAUCGCUUUUCUUCUUGGUACCAGCAGCAGUCCUUGUUUCAUGGACAGGUCAAGCCAACGACCAUGGGGUGCCACUCGCAAACCCCCCGGGUUCACGGUUUAAAACCAACAGAGCCAGGAGAAACUUCGUCAGACUCAGUAAAGAAAUCCUGGCUAAAGCGAGGAACCUCUUUCCUGAUCAACCGUUCCGUCUAAUGACAGAUUGGGGGGAGGUUCUCAUUCUCCCUCCUGAAUUUGCAGCAGAGAUUCGAAAUGACCCCAGGCUAAGCUUUUCGAAAGCUGCGAUGCAGGACAAUCACGCCGGUAUCCCUGGAUUCGAGACAGUUCGUCUCGUCGGGAGUGAUGAUCAGCUCAUCCAGAGGGUUGCCCGAAAGCAGUUGACCAAGCACCUCACGGCUGUCAUCGAACCAUUAUCGCGCGAGUCUACACUAGCAGUAUCCUUGAACUUUGGCGAAUCAACAGAGUGGCGCGAAAUCCACCUGAAACCUGCCAUUUUAGACAUCAUCGCCCGUAUCUCGUCAAGAAUCUACCUCGGAGACCAACUGUGUCGCAACGAAGAGUGGCUAAAUAUCACCAAGACCUAUACAACCAAUUUCUAUAUAGCCUCGACAAAUUUGCGAAUGUUUCCUCCAUCUAUACGCUUCCUUGCCCACUGGUUCCUGCCCGAGUGUAGAAAGCUUCGACACGAGCGCAAGGAAGCCAUCAGGAUCAUCACUCCCUUGAUCCAGCGCCGUCGCGAGCUUCGGCAAGCUGCGAUUGAGGCUGGUGAUCCCAUCCCCAAAUUCGAUGACGCUUUGGACUGGUCUGAGCAAGAAGCUGGAGUAACUGGCUCAAGCUUUGAUCCUGUUAUCUUCCAGUUGACGCUGUCCUUGUUAGCUAUCCAUACCACUUACGAUCUUCUACAGCAGACCAUGAUUGAUCUUGGCCGCAAUCCUCAGUACAUUGAACCUCUCCGACGAGAAGCUACUGAAUUGCUUGCUGCCGAAGGUUGGAAGAAAAGCACGCUAUUUAAAUUGAAACUUCUUGACAGUGCUAUCAAAGAGAGUCAGCGUCUCAAGCCAGGCAGUAUAGUGACUAUGCGACGCUACGUAACCGAAGACGUAAAACUUUCAAACGGUCUAGUUAUCAAGCGCGGCACUCGCCUGAAUGUCGAUAAUUCACGUCUUGAAGAUCCCAGGAUCUACGAGAAUCCCGAUUCAUACGAUCCCUAUCGGUUCUAUAAUAUGCGUUCGGAGGACGGUAAAGAGCACAUGGCGCAGCUUGUUUCAACAAGUUCAGAUCAUCUGGGUUUCGGUCACGGACAGCAUGCAUGCCCGGGCCGCUUCUUCGCGGCCAAUGAAAUCAAGGUAGUGCUUUGCCACAUUUUGGUUAAGUACGAUUGGAAGCUGGCUCCCGACACCGACACCAAGCCUGACACGAGAGGAAUGAUUGCCAAGUCAAGUCCAGCGACCAAGAUAUUGAUCCGACGGCGGGCUUCAACCGAGAUCGAUCUGGAUAUAACAUGA